AUGGCGGCGCAGUCGGCUGCUGCACCAGGCGUAAGGAGGAAGAAGUUCGCAACCCCGCCUGUGAAGAAUGCGUGCCUCGCAUGUCGAGCAUCUCGUACUCGCUGCGAUGGUGGUCAGCCAUGUGCCAAUUGUCGUAUCAGGAACCGGCAGUGUCUGUACAAGCCCAGCAGGAGAGGAGGUGCCCGAGUACGGAACAAAGCAAAAGCAGGAGAUACGGCACAGCAACAACCGAGCAUCUCUCCGACUUCUGCGGACGAGGAAGUGCACCAGCAUCCCAUUUCUCUGCAGGACUACGUCGACCCUGGGGCAGGUCUGAAGCAGCUCCAGGAUAUCUUCCCAGACAGCGACUUCAUCUUCGACGACUUGUUCAUGCCGGGCGUUUCAAGUACAAUUGCCAAUGGCGACGGUUUUCCCCACGCUUCUCUCGGGUUCGAUAAUCUUCCAAUUUCCACAGUGAGAACAUACAAGAGCGACCAUGCGAUACUCGAUGCCUACUACGUCUUUAUCCACCCCUACUUCCCCAUUCUGCCACCUCCGACAAGCAUACCCACGGACCAAGCAGUCCCGAAGCUCCAGACAGACACAGACCGCUUCGAGCACAGCUUUGCUCUUUCAAGACCCAUCAGUCUGGCCAUAUCAGCCAUACUGGCUCUCAUCCCGUGUGCCAACGACCCGAACCCUGCAGCUCGAGAAAGCCUACUCUUUCGGCGAAAGUAUGCUCAGUAUCUUGCGCAGUGUACCAUCGAGGCCAUUGAGGACGAAAAUGAGAUCCUCGAGUCCUCCGUUGCGCCUCACGAAGCCCUAAACAGGUUACCAAGCGAGAAGGUCCGCGACCCAUUUCACUCGGCUGUUCCGGCUGAGCUGGAGAGCAUUGUCGCCUUGGACAUACUCAGCAUAUACGAGUAUGCUCAGCGCGGUAAUAUCAGAAAGAUGCAGGCUAGGGCGGGCCAAGCCCUCCUAUCAGCUAUGGAGUUGUCUCUGCAUUGCUCUACUGAAGAAGAUGAGUACACAGAAGCCAGAAGCAGAGUUUGGUGGAUGACAUACAUCUGUGCCAGUCAAAGCGCCAUCGUCGCCAGCGUUGAACCAAGUUUCGUCGCCCUCGCACCGAGCUUCACCGCCAAAUACCCGACAUUAGCAUCCGAUCCAGAGGGAUUCGGGAUCCUCAUUCAAGCCCAGCAAGCCAUCCUCAAGGCGACUCAAUUUGUCCGAUGCCUCAAGAAGACUCUCGCCGAUCAGGGCGACAUGAAUCACAUCUACGAACGAAUGCAUGAGCUGGAACUUUCCCUGGAGCCGCUGACCAACAGGGCCGAUAGCUGGAUACUACCCUCUUCUAUCGGAUCACCUGUUGACCCGACAGAAGAGGUGGUUUCACGUGCCAUUCGGUGUAUCGCUCGAAUCAAGCUGAACAGUGCCAGAAUCAAAUGCCACCGAUAUUGCGCCUUCUCCGACGCCCCGGUGUUCAGCGGGAAGCACUGCGACCUCGAAGGCAAAUCGGAUGGAGCCGGUGGUGCUCCUGAGCUGCAACAUUGGCCGUCAUGUGCGUGCAGCGCCUUGUCUGCGCAAGCCAUGUGUACGUCUUCCGAUGCGAAUUCUGCAUCACCGCACUCGCACCUAUCACCGCAUUCCGAUGUUCUACCCGGAACCGGCAUUGGUUUUCCUUUCACGAGCCAUCAAUCUGCGCAGAUCUGUCUCAGAGCGGCCCUCAACAUUGCCCAAUCGUUUGAUGAUAUCCCGUAUCCCAACCCUUCCGGUCAGCUGACCAUGCCGUCUUUCGCCUGCUGCGCAAUGCAAUCUGCUUACGCACUACUCAUGGUGCACGAGAAGACGAAGACAAUGUAUCCGCAGAGUGGAAUGGGCGGGCCCAUGGUGCAGAGCCUGCUAGCACGGCUUCAGAGCGGACUGACGUCCGUUUCUGCCGCGUUGGAGAACUACGCUAUGGCUUUUGAGGCGCUGGGGGGGAUGCGAGACCAAAUCCGCGGGGCAAUUUCGCCGACAAUGGUAUUUGCGACCUGA